GGACCUCCCGUUCACCGAAGAGCCACUCACAAUCACCAUUCCUCUCUUUCUCUCUCUAACCACACACACAAAAACUCUUUUCUCUCACUAAAAUUCCCAUUGUUCCUCGCUCAAAAAUCAUCGUAGCUUUCUCUCUCUACAAUGCCUGACAUGUACGCACUUAAAGCUGAAGAACAGAGCCAGCAGUUGCAGCUUGUUGAACGUGAAGAUAUCGAAGAUGAAGAGGACUUGUUUGAAGCUAUUGACAAAUUGAUUGCACAUGGAAUUAAUGCUGGAGAUGUUAAGAAGCUUCAGGAUGCUGGAAUAUACACUUGUAAUGGCUUAAUGAUGCAGACAAAGAAGAAUUUGACUGGAAUUAAAGGAUUGUCUGAGGCUAAAGUUGAUAAGAUAUGCGAAGCAGCUGAGAAGAUUGUGAAUUAUGGGUACAUUACUGGAAGUGAUGCUUUGAUCAAAAGAAAGUCUGUGAUUCGUAUUACCACUGGGAGCCAGGCAUUAGAUGAGUUACUAGGAGGUGGAAUCGAAACAUCAGCAAUUACUGAAACAUUUGGAGAAUUUCGCUCUGGAAAGACUCAGCUAGCACAUACUCUAUGCGUCACAACGCAGCUUCCGACUAGCAUGAGAGGAGGAAACGGGAAGGUUGCCUACAUCGACACUGAAGGAACUUUUCGACCUGAUCGUAUUGUGCCAAUUGCUGAAAGGUUUGGGAUGGAUGCUUCUGCAGUCCUAGACAAUAUCAUAUAUGCUCGUGCAUAUACGUAUGAACACCAGCACAACCUACUCCUUGGUCUGGCAGCAAAAAUGGCUGAGGAACCCUUCCGACUACUGAUUGUUGAUUCUGUCAUCGCUCUAUUCCGAGUGGAUUUCACUGGAAGGGGAGAACUUGCAGAGCGACAGCAAAAACUGGCUCAGAUGCUGUCUCGUUUGAUCAAGAUUGCUGAAGAGUUCAACAUCGCUGUCUAUCUUACUAAUCAAGUUAUUGCUGACCCAGCUGGUGGAGUUUUUGUUACGGAUCCAAAGAAGCCAGCAGGCGGUCAUGUACUUGCCCAUGCAUCAACAAUUAGGUUGAUGUUCAGGAAGGGCAAGGGUGAACAGCGUAUCUGCAAAGUGUUUGAUGCCCCAAACCUACCAGAGGCUGAAGCUAUAUCCUUUUUCUUCUGCUUUCGCAGCUAGUGUCAAUUGCGCUACUCUAUA